AUGCCGCCCAAACGCACCGCCCCCCCCGGACACAGCCCACCCCAUUGGCACCGAGACAGACACAGGAGACUCUACGAUGCCUCCCCCUCAGGCUCCACUCCCGCCCCUGCCCACUAUGCCAUCCUCCAAACGCCGCCGCCCCAGCCGCGCCCAGAGCGCGGGUACGCCCAGCACCACCGCGUCACAGUCGCUCUUCUUCGCCCUCCCGCUGCCGCCACUUUACAACCCGCGCCCCCCCAUGCCGAGAACGAGCCCCCCAGUGAUAGCCAGUUUGUGGCCUUCCUGCACAGCCUCAUCCCAACCCUGCCAACCCCUACCCAUGUGCUGUACGACAGUGCGAUGCGAAAUCUGGCGCUGGAGAACACGCAGGAUCUCACGGGCGAGAUGAGGGCAUCGUUGACGAGCGCGCUGACAGCAUUUGUGGCGCACCUGCCGACCGCGGACUGGGAGGGCAACGGAACGGAGGGGCGCUUUUUAACCAGGCUCGCGCGGGGGGCGGUGUCCGGGCGGGAGUUGGUGCUGUAG